GCUACGAGAGCUACGAUUACUACACCCCKCAGAGCUCGGCCCCCACCCCUCCAGGAGCCUCCUACGCCUACGGCAGCUCGGGGGGAGCCCCUUCCUCCUCCUCCUCCUCCUGGGAGGCUCCCAAAGCUCCGGAUUUGGGAUUGGCAACGGAAAAUUCCUCCUCGGGAGCCUUCGGAGCGCAGGAAAAUCCCGACUCCAUCAUCGCCAAAAUCAACCAGCGCCUGGACCUGCUGGCCAAGGAGGGCACGGCCGCCGCGCCGGGGGACGGSGCUGAGCAGCAGCACAGCUCUUUCCGUUUCGACUCGUUUGACUCGUUUGACUCCCGUCCCUCGCUGAGCUCGGAGCGGGAUCCGUUCCUGUCGGGAUUUCCCUUCCCAGAUCCCGGAUCCGACCGGGAAAACGCCUUCGGGAGCCGCGAGCGGAGCCGCGGAACCUUCGGAAUUUUCCGCGGGAACGGCACCGGGAACGGCCGGAACCGAUCCCAAAACGCCCGGGGGAGGAUCCCGGGGAGGAUCCCGGAGCCUUUUCCCUCGGGAUCCCGCUGGAAUGAGCUGCAAUUCCCGGGAAAUCGCGGAAUUCCGGGAUCCCGGCCGCUGCCCUCGCUGUUUUCCCAAGCGUUGGUGCCGGAAUACGGGGAUUAUCCCGGRGAUUAUCCCGGAGAUUACCCUGGAGAUUACGGCGAUUAUCCCGGCGAUUAUCCCGGGGAUUUUGGGGAUUAUCCCCGGGAUUUUGGGGAUUAUCCCAGCGAUUAUCCCGGCGAUUAUGCCGGGGAUUUUGGGAUGUUGGGAAUGGCGGCGAUGGGGCGCGCCGGGAAUGGGAAUGGGAGCGCUCCCUACGGGAUGGGCAGGAGGAGCAGGGACAGGAUGCUGCCCUGGAACACUGCAAUGCCGAGGCGGCGGGGUUUGCGCAGCCGCUCCGGGCUCCGCUGGGAUCCGGAGGGGCCUCGGAAGCGCAAACGAUCCCCGAGCGGAGACGAAACCGAUCCCAAAAACGCCCGCAGCGACAGCGACCGCGACCACUCCGACCACGGUAACGCCUUUUUUAUGGGAAUGAGGGAAUUGAAGUUUUUUUUUGGGAUGAGAAUUCCCGAAUUUCCCGCAGGAUCYGAGGAUGAGGACGAGGAGAUGAAGAAAAAACGGGAAAAGCAACGGAGGAGGGACCGAAUGAGGGACCGGGCCAUGGACAGGAUCCAGUUCGCCUGCUCCGUCUGCAAAUUCCGCACUUUGGAGGAGGAGGAGAUCCAGAGGCACCUGCAGAGCAAAUUCCACCGGGAGACGCUGCGCUACAUCGGCACCAAACUGCCCGACAAAACCGUCCACUUCCUGCAGGAAUACAUCAUCAACAGGAACAGGAAAAUCGAGAAGCGGCGCCAGGAGCUGACGGACAAAGAGGGAGCAAAGCAGAGACCCGACCCCUUCAAAGGGAUCGGCCAGGAGCAUUUUUUCAAGUGGAUCGAGGCCGCUCCUCAUUUUGGGGUGAAAUCUGUGGGAUUUUCACCCCAAAAAAGGGAAUUUUGGGGCGGGAACGGCUCCGAUUUUGACCAUUUCCGAUGGAAUUUUUUGGGAAUUUUGGGAAUUAUUUUAAUUUAUGGAAUUUUCUGCUUCCGGAUCGGCCAGGAGCAUUUUUUCAAGCGGAUUGAAGCCGCUCACUGCCUGGCCUGUGACAUGCUGAUCCCAGCCCAGGGACACCUCCUGCAGCGGCACCUGCGCUCCGCCGAGCACAACCGCAACCGACGGCUGGCAGCGGAGCAGUUCAAGAAGACGAGUCUGCACGUGGCCAAGAGCGUCCUCAACAACAAAGGCGAAGAUCCCUUCACGGACGAGGCCCCGGACGGGGACGACGGAGCCGAAGAAUCCAAAGAAUCGGAGGAAAAACCGGAAAAACCGGAAAAUUCCGGGGAUUUGGGGGAUUCCGGGGAUUUGGGGGAUUCCCGGGAUUUGGAGAAUUCCCGGGAUUUUCCCCAGGAAUUCCUGAAAUCCCUGGGGGA